GUGAUGACCAGUGGGAAUCAGAAAAGAGUGACUGAGUUCCUCUUCUCUGUGUUCCCACACCUGCAUGAAGGUGCCCUCUUACUCUUUAUUCCCUUGCUUCUCAUCUAUGGAUUGAUCAUAACAGGAAACCUAAUGACAUUCAUUGUCAUCCAGCUGGACAUGAUCUUGAACACCCCCAUGUAUUUCUUCAUCAGUGUCCUCUCUUUCCUGGAGAUCUGGUAUACCAUGACCACCAUCCCCAAGAUGCUCUCCUGCUUAGUCAGUGAGCAGAAGACCACCUAUCUUGCUGGUUGCCUCAUGCAGAUGUACUUCUUCUACUCACUUGGUCUCACAGAAGACUGUGUCCUGACAGCAAUGGCCAUUGACAGGUACAUAGCUAUCUGCAAUCCUCUCCAUUACCCAACCAUCAUGACUCCCAAACUUUGUAUCCAUCUGACAGCUGGAUCCUGUCUCUGUGGCUUCCUCCUGCUUCCUGAGAUUUCAUGGAUUGCCACCCUGUCUUUCUGUGACUCCAAUCAGACCCAGCAGAUCUUCUGUGAAUCCACACCUGUGCUGAGCUUGGCCUGCACAGAUACAUCCCUGGUGGUCAUUGUGGAUGCCAUCCGUGCAGUGGAGAUCCUGACCUCCUUCCUGGUCAUUGCCCUAUCCUACAACCGGAUCAUUGUGGUGGUGAUUCUGGGGAUGCCCUCGGCUGAAGGCCGUCACAAAGCCUUUUCUACCUGUGCUGCCCACCUUGCUGUAUUCUUGUUGUUUUUUGGCAGUGUGGCUGUCAUGUACUUGUGAUUCUCAGCCACCUACUCAGUGUUAUGGGACACAACAAUUGCAGUCCCUUUUGUUAUCCUUGCUCCCUUCCUCAACCCCAUUUUCUAUAGCCUGAGAAAUAAAGAUAUGAAAGAUGCAAUUGGGAGGCUUAUCUUCUGCCAGAAGAGGGCUGGUGGGGUUGGGAGCUAUAUUGAGAUCCUAGAGAGUCUGUAA